GCCUAUCGGGCUUCAAGUCUGUCGCCCAGGCCACUAGGAAAGCACUGUGUGACUGUCUGGGUGUCCCGGGGUGUCACUGGAGGGGCCCCUUUACCACUGUUUAGAUGCAUUCCCGUCCAUGUCAGGGAGUCUGGCUCUCCUAAACCCUGCUUGUGGUGCCCCAAGGAAGAGACAGGUGAACACAGGGGCAGCCAUAUGUGGUGGGAGUGCAGAGGUCUACAGGGAAGGUGACAUGGUGGAAGUUCAGGACGGACUGGUCCGGUUCUUCAUAGCACUGGGGGUGGGGAUGACUGGAGGAACACUAAUUCCCAACUGCCCUGGCAGUGAAGCAGCAUCUUCGAGAGUGGCAGGGCUUCUUGGGCCUGGGCUGUGAGCUCUCCAGCCACUGUGUAUGAGGUGAGCUAGAAGAAAGCUGACUCCUUGCCGCGCCUCAAUCUAGGGUUGUCUCUCAGCUGCCUUCUUUCACCACAGGAAGUUCACUGGGUGCUCAGCCAGAUGUAAGCCCAGGGCCAGAAUAAAUGUGAGCAGAAAGGAGACAGGGCCCAGAUAAGAUAGCAAUGAAUAGAGCAGCCUCAGACUUGGUGCCUGGGUCGGCAGGGGAGCCAUCAGAUGCUUGGGCCCGGAGAACCUUCAAGUCAGUCUUCCUGGGCAGUCCCUCCACCCUGGUUGGAGUCCCCUCUCCGUGGCUAUUACCGAGCCUCUAUGGCUGCAGAAACCACACCUGAACUGCAAGAGUUUCAUAAAAAGCCAGAUCCACUGAGUGACCAAUAAGGUGAGUCGAAGGCCCUUUGUGCAGGGCCAGCCUCCCUGGCCAGACCCCUCCUGAGCACAGCUCCACCUCCAGUGCAGCAUAUUUCUCUCCUGAGGCUCGCGUCUCCCUGUAUUUGGAGUUACUUGGGUCCUCUAAGCCUUGGCAGAGCAGACUCGUCUGCUCACCUGCACUGGCUUCUUCGUGGCACUCCCAUUAUUGCUGUUGCUCAGCUGGGCCAGGUCCUCCUGGGUCUCACCUUCCAGACCCCCGCGCCACACUAAUCGCUGCCAGCCACCAGGGUGUCUUUAAGAGCGGCUUUUUGCACGGGUUGAAGCAGAAGAAGGGACCAGGUUAGGAGACUGAGGUCUAACUGAGGUCAGGGAUCCUAGCACAAUCAGCCCUGGUCCUCCUCCUUAAAACGUCGCAAAUUCCCAGACGCUGCGGCCAGGAAAAGUAGUUUUAUCGCCCACGAGUUUAUGAGCUGGUGCAGCGGCAAGGCGGGAGAGGCGGACGGCACACAGACUGCAGCGGAACGGGCCCGGUGUGAGCGCGCCGGGCUGCGCCCCACAACGCGGCCCUAGUCUGGCGGGCUUCUCCCUGCGCCUCUCCGCCCUGUAGCAAUAAGGCUUCUGGGCCGUCCAUGGGCUCCAGGCCUCCGUGGCCCUGGGGGAGAGAUAGGGGCGCAGAAGGAGGGGCACGCGGGACUCAGCGCCGGGGGCGGGUCCGAGGCAGGGGGCCCGAAUUGGGAGCCGACGCGGGGGCCCGGGCGGCUUCAGAGUAAAGCGCAGCGGGCGGCGGGACCACUCCAUCCCGGCGGGCCAUGACUUCGGGACGCCAGCCGCGGACGCCCUUCGGCAUCGCGGACAUCCUGGGCCCGCGCGUGGCCCCGCGAGCGCCCUCCGCGCCGCAGCCCGCAGAGCCGGGCCCGGGCCCCGCGUCGCCGCUGUGCGCGCUGCAGGAGCUGACCAGUAAAACCUUCCGCGGAGCGGACGCGCGCGGGCCCCCGCAGCCCUCCGAAGGCAAGGCCGCCUCGGACGCGCUGGGCCCUGGCUCCGCCGCCCGCAGAAGGCGCAAGUCCCGCACUGCGUUCACCGCGCAGCAGGUGCUGGAGCUGGAGCGGCGAUUCGUCUUCCAAAAGUACUUGGCACCGUCAGAGCGCGACGGACUGGCUGCUCGACUCGGCCUGGCCAACGCGCAGGUUGUCACUUGGUUCCAGAACCGCCGUGCCAAGUUCAAGCGCGACGUGGAGGAGAUGCGCGCCGAUGUGGCCUCGCUACACGCGUUGUCCCCUGGCGUCCUGCGCCGCCUAGCGCUGCCCAAUGGUGCUCAAAGUCCUGGCCCCCACCCCACUGGACCUGACUCCGGGGCCCACGUAUCGGACGAAGAGAUACAGGUAGACGAUUGAAGGCAGAGCCACUGCCAGCCGUGGCCUCUGGGGCUCUGGACUCCUCACCGCCCCGCUCUUCGUCUUGUCUGUGCUGGGGGUGGAGGGAAGAGGUCCCGCCCAGGUCUGUUCCCGCCUACAGGCCAGACUUCCCAGUUGUGAGAAUAAAGUUGAAACUCUGUUGCUAAACACCUCAGUCCAGACCUCUGGGCCAAUGACAGCAAAAUAUGGGGAUUAUCGGAGAGAUUUGGUGGCAGCGCUGUGAAAAGCGCU